AUGAGUGGCAGAAUAUUUUCUUCUGGUGGGAGCUCCAAAAGCAAACACUACCCAGCACAACAUCGUAGAAGGUGGCCAGGUGGCUCAAAUGUAAACUGGAAUUCAAACAGAAACUGCCAGCCGAUUAUAUUUGACUCCACAGGCAAUAGAGAUUUUGCUCCUGAUGAUCCUUUGGAAUUUAAGUCUCACCAGUGGUUUGGUGCCUCUGUGAGAUCCAAAAAUGAUAAAAUUCUGGCCUGUGCUCCAUUGUACCACUGGAGAACUGAAACAAAACAAGAGAGGGAACCUGUGGGAACUUGUUACCUGCUUGCUGGAUCUAAAUCUGUGGAAUAUGCACCCUGCAGGUCAACCACUAUCGAUGCAGAUGGACAGGGAUUUUGUCAAGGUGGAUUUAGUAUUGACUUUACAAAGGGAGACAGAGUGCUGCUUGGAGGACCUGGAAGUUUUUACUGGCAAGGCCAACUUAUUUCCGAUCGAGUGGCAGAGAUUGUGGCUAAAUAUGACUCUAAAGUCUACAGUACGAAGUAUGAUGACCAGUUAGCAACCAGACCUGCCAGUGCUGCUUUUGAUGACAGCUACUUGGGUUAUUCGGUGGCUGUUGGAGACUUCAGUGGUGAUGGCAUAGAAGACUUCGUAUCAGGAGUCCCAAGAGCAGCAAGAACUCUGGGCAUGGUGUCUAUUUACAAUGGGAAAAACAUGUCUUCCAUGUACAACUUCACUGGAGAGCAGAUGGCUGCCUAUUUUGGGUAUUCAGUGGCUGCCACAGAUAUCAAUGGGGACAAUUACACAGAUUUGUUUAUCGGAGCCCCUCUUUUUAUGGAUCGAGGUUCUGACGGGAAGCUUCAAGAGGUCGGCCAAGUUUCCAUUUGCCUUCAACAAGCUUCUGGAGGGUUUCAGAUCACAAAGCUGAAUGGUUUUGAGAUAUUUGCAAGAUUCAGCAGUUCUAUUGCACCUCUGGGGGAUCUAGAUCAGGAUGGCUUCAACGAUAUUGCAGUUGCUGCACCAUAUGGUGGAGAGGACAAGAGAGGACUUGUCUAUAUCUACAAUGGAAGAGCAAAUGGUUUGAAUGCAGUCCCAUCUCAAAUUCUUGAAGGGCAGUGGGCUGCUCGCACUAUGCCACCCAGUUUUGGGUACUCGCUGAAAGGAGCCACAGAUGUGGACAAAAAUGGAUAUCCAGAUUUGAUUGUUGGAGCCUUUGGUGUUGACACAGCUGUUUUAUAUAGGGCUAGACCCGUUAUUAGAGUAAAUGCUGCCCUGGAAGUUAAUCCAACCAUUCUAAACCCAGAAAACAAAGCCUGUUCACUGUCAGAUGUAAAAGUUUCUUGCUUCAAAGUAAAGUUCUGCUUAAAAGCUGAUGGCAAAGGAAAGCUCCCUAAAUCACUAAAUUUCCAAGUGGAGCUGCUGUUGGAUAAACUUAAGCAGAAGGGAGCUAUAAGGAGAGCUCUCUUUCUCCACAGCAAACAGCCUAGCCACUCUAAGAAUAUGACUAUUACGAAAGGAGGCAAAAUGAAUUGUGAAGAACUUGAUGCCUUUUUGAGGGAUGAAUCUGAAUUUAGAGACAAACUAACUCCCAUUACUAUUUUUAUGGAAUAUCGUCUGGAUUACAGAACAGCUGCAGAUGCAACAGGAUUGCACCCUAUCCUCAACCAGUUCACUCCUGCAAAUAUGAGCAGACAGGCACAUAUUCUGCUGGAUUGUGGUGAUGAUAAUGUCUGCAAACCAAAGCUGGAGGUUUCAGUAGAAAGCGAUCAGAAGCAGAUCUAUAUUGGUGAUGACAAUCCCUUGACACUGAUUGUCAGUGCUGAGAAUCAAGGGGAAGGAGCCUAUGAAGCAGAACUCUUUGUCAUUGUCCCACCCCAAGCAGAUUUCAUUGGUGUUGUUCGUAACAAUGAGGCUUUAGCAAGACUGUCCUGUGCAUUUAAAACAGAGAAUCAAACUCGCAUGGUAGUUUGUGACCUGGGAAAUCCCAUGAAAGCAGGAACUAAGCUAUUAGCUGGCCUGCGGUUCAGUGUGCACCAGCAGUCUGAAAUGGAUACCUCUGUGAAGUUUGCCUUGCAAAUCCGAAGCUCCAACCUGUAUGACAAUCUAAGUCCGGUAGCAUUCUAUCAGGCUGACCUUGCAAUUUCAGCAGCUGUUGAAAUUAGAGGUGUAUCGUCUCCUGAUCACAUAUUCCUUCCUAUUGCAAAUUGGCAGCCAAAGGAGAAUCCAGAAACAGAAGAUGAUAUUGGGCCUCUAGUUCAGCAUAUCUAUGAGCUAAGAAACAAUGGUCCAAGUGCAUUCAGCAAGGUGAUGAUGACUCUGCAGUGGCCUUACAAAUAUAAAAACUACACGCUGUUGUAUAUUGUUCAGUAUGAAAUCGAUGGUCCCAUGAACUGCACUUCUGAUAUGGAAAUCAAUCCCUUGAAAAUCAAGAUUUCUGCUUCUAAAGAUGAUGAUAAGAAUGAAACACUUAGCAGGGAAGAUAACCAUGAUCAUCGUAUCAGUCGAAGGGAUAUAACUGCCAUUGAAGGAGAUGUGCAUACUUUGGGCUGUGGAAAUGCUGAUUGUUUAAAGAUAGUCUGUCAAGUUGGCCACCUGGAAAGGGGAAAGAGUGCAAUAUUGUAUUUAAAAUCACGCCUUUGGACCCAAACUUUCAUGAAUAAAGAAAAUCAGAAUCACUCCUAUUCUCUCAAAUCUUCUGCUUCUUUCAAUGUUAUAGAGUUCCCUUACAAGAACCUUUCCUUUGAAGAUAUCCACAAUUCUACAGUAGUUACUACAAAUAUUACAUGGGGCAUUCAACCACAGCCUAUGCCUGUGCCUGUAUGGGUUAUAAUUUUGGCUGUCCUAGCAGGAUUAUUGCUCUUGGCUGUUCUAGUGUUUGUUAUGUACAGGAUGGGCUUUUUCAAACGUGUGAGACCACCUCAGGAAGAACAAGAAAGAGAACAACUGCAACCACAUGAGAAUGGGGAAGGAACAUCAGAAGCUUAAGCAGAGUUUUAUCUGUAAGAUGUUCUGAAAUUUUUAAAUGCCUGCAUCUUGGCUACAAAUAUUGGAUUCCCCCUCAAGAAAAAAACAUUCAUGACUGCAAAGGUGCUGGUCUCAGAAGGUAUCAGCACGUACAAAAUAAUAGCAAUAUAUUUAAAUCCUCCUUUUUGUAUUAAUUAUGUUCAUACAUGUGACUAACGCAUCUGUGCCAAUUUGUGUGUGAGAAAAUUAAGUAAUAGGUAGUGCUAUGAUUUUACUUAUUGGGAUGUACGAGUCAUCGUCUUUUUUGAUUCACAAACCAACUUUACAUGCAUUGCUACACAGAUUCUGCAUUUGCUCCUGAAGCCAACAGCUUCCAUAGAUACUUGCUGGUUUACACGUUUAGUUCCAGUUGAUUUUUGCAGGAUGACACUACAUUGCAUUUCCUAGCUCUUGAAAGCUAACUGCACAAAAAAAUGAGCAUAGGUUGUUUUAGAAAACUGAAGAAUAUUCUUUGACCCAUGAACUCUGCUGAUGAUUUUCCUUCUGCUCAAAAAAUAGGAAAGAGAUUAUUCAGUGGAAUCAUUCUUCCCUGAUACCUAUUCUGCAUGCCUGUUCCCCUUACUGCUCAUUCAUCUGUCUUGUGGUUUCCCUCUAGACUUUAAAAAUAUUGUUCUCCAGGUCCUAGGUCUCUUACUGCAGGUAUUGAGCCUGCAGAAAUGGAAGCGAGUGGUAGAAAGCUGGGGAUGUACUUUCUGUGGGACCUAGUGAAAAGAUCCAGGGCAAGAUCCAAAGACUCUGCUGUGUGUGUCCAUGGAGCAGAAUCCAGGUGUUCCACAGAAUUCUUGGCAGCAUGGAUCCGUUCAGGUGCUGCCAGAGACAAGAUGUUGGGCUGUGGCUGCCAACAGAAAUGUCUGAUGAGAAAACCCAUAGCCUCUAUGUUCACAGGUCAAACCCCCACAGGGUUUGAAAUUAAGUCUGUGUAUUACUUGGAUUGAAUCUCAGUUUCUGGCAAAACAGUGGAGGGAAUAUUUUCUGACAGGUUACCUGAUGCACUGUAAUGUGUUAAUUGUCACAUUCUGUAGUUGACCAUGUCAAGUGCAGGAUGGAGUAAUACGGAGACUAGACUAUCUGCCAGCCAUGCGUCUAGGUUACAUCAGUACUUCAGCCACACUCCGGUCUGCCUUGCCACCUGCCCUGAGAGAACACUGAGCUUGUCAAAUGAAACAGAGUAGAGCUGGCAAUGCAUAAGGGUUUGAAAAGAGAAGGUUGAUUUGGCUUGGUUUAUUUAAUUCAUUCAUUGUAUGUUUCAUUGCACAAGACAUUUCAUUGCACAAGACAUUUCAUUAGGUUCAAUACAUUUCGUUACCAAAAUUUGUUUCAUUGUUGUUCUUUAAACAUACCAAAAGUCCAGAGGUUUACAUCAUUUUUAGCUUAUUUCCCUCAGCAUUGGUGUGGUAAGAUGAAGCUUCUUACACUUACGAGAGAACCAAACAUUUUCUGUAUGCAUUUCUGUAGACAUGCAGCAGCAAAUUAGGAGGUUGCUUGGCUUGCAAGUAAAGGUGCCUUUUAUGAGAUUUGUUUUUUCUCUAUUCCAAUAAGGGAAUAAAUUACAUAAUAAGUUCCCCAUAUGCAGCCACAUCCAGAAAGAAAAAUUUAUACCGUAAUUAUACCAGUGACAUUUCUAUGUCGACAAGUUUUUAAAAGGACAAAAACUCUGGUUUGGUUUGGUUUUGUAUCUUGGGGCUUUUUGUUCAAAGCUGCAUCUUCCCCCACAAAUACUGCAAAGCCCAGUAAACCAAGAAUUACCUGAAAUGAAGUUUGAUUCAACUCUUAUUUCUGCAUCCUUUCUGGGAUUUAAAAUCCCACAUGUGGCUUCCGUUCUUACUUUCUUUCAAAACUUUCUUACUCAAAACUCAAAAAAAAAAGUCCUUUCUUACUCAACUGUGAUGGCGUUGAGUCAUUGAGUGAGACAGCACAAAAUCUGCAGGGGCCACUACAUGGAUUGGACACAGGCUUGCCUGUUUACCCAUAUACAUGUUUUUGUUUUAGACAAUAUGUUUAGAUAUAAUUAGUUUAUUUUAAAGGUUAUAUUGCAUCAUUCUGCUUUCACUGAAUUUUCAAGGUCUUUAUUGUGCCCAACGUUUUGUUUUUUUCUUUGCUUCUAGUAUUGUUACUAGUAAUCCAGUAAGGAAUCAGGAGUCAGGAUAUGAUCCUGGCCUCAAAAUGUGACUUCUGGGAAACACAUUUUCAGUUACUUAACACAGGCUUCUAGUUGACACUCUUUGUCAACUUACUAUCUAUAUGCAACAAGAUUGGUUUUACCCAAUCUUAAUCUUAGUCAGUUAAGAGGUUUAAGAGACUGUCAAACAGAUUAUAGCUCUAAUUCUUACAUGUGUGCUUUCAUUACAUGUACACACCAAGGUGACUUGAAAUUUCUGAGACUACUUGCAUGUCUAGGCAUUAUAAGGAGGUGAAAACAAACAAACAAAAAAGCACGAUCAAGAUCUCUUUAGCUCACAUGGAAGGGGUACUUUAGCCUGUUAAUGUCAGUGCUAAUUGUAUCUUAAUUUUACUGUGGCAACUGGAACUCUCAUUUUGCUCAUUGUCAGGAUAAAAAGGUACAUUUCAUUGGUACAACUACUGUAGCUAUAGACCGUUUCUUCCAUUUAUUGAAGUUAUAUAAAGUAAGACUUAAGUGAUUUUUAUUUUCUUGCAUUCUACUGGAGAAUAAAUCCAAAUAGUUGCUUCUCCCAUGUCCACUAAUUUCCACUUUGGUUAAAGAAAAUAGUAGCAUAUGUAAAUGGAGUAUACACAUUACUUAGUGAACAUAGAUAUAACAACCCAAAUUCAGUUUAAGGUAACAUUUGUGUUUCAGGAAGAUUCUGCCCAGGAUGUUUUCCUGAACAGGGGUGCAGGAAACACUUCGUAUCACAUUCUAGAUUCAGCAAUAAAAUCACAGACUAUGUAUGUACUUGUGUCAGUAUAUAUUGCAUACUGACUUAGAGGCAUUAAUGUAUUCUUAUAGCAGAUGUUGUAGAAUGAUAUUAAAACUUUGAAAGAAACUUUAGAACUGUAUUUUGGAAUUAAAGUAAUGCCCUUGAGUCAAGAUCGACAUGCAUAAGAUGCAUACUGCAAGCAUUAAAAAAAUACAAGUACAGUAACAAAGAAUUAGUCCUCUUUUCAGAGUUAUGUUCAGAAACAUAUUUUUUAUUAAUAUAAAAUCAAUGGCUGUGUAAUUAUUUAGACAAUGAAAACAUUUUAAGAGAGCUAUAUCUUUUAUAAUGAGUAUGAAAUUCUGUAAGUACUCCAGUUUGCAAUUAUUGCAGCAUCUCAUGAUCAAUAUUAGAAAGUGAUUUAUAUUACAAAAUGCACAUUAUCUAUUACUAUGUUUGACAAUAUUUAGAAAACAUAAAGCAAGGAACCUAAUUUAAAGGUUUAUAUUUCUUUCAAGAAACUACCAAAUUGUGGAGAUAGCUUUUGAUUAAGCAUGACUGUAAAGUCACAUAUGGGAUACAUUUAUCAACAUAAGUUGAAAUCUUUGCGGAAAUGUUUUUAGGUAUCAAUAACAAGUUUAUAAUUUUAUUUGUCCUAUAUGGCUGUUUUAAAUCUUGAUUUACAUGUUGAUCUUUGAUUCACAUAAUGCUUGUGGAAACUCUAAAAAAGUUUAUUAUAUAUGCUCUUUCUUUAUAGAACAUUUAUUCCAAGCAAAGAUUUCUGAACUCGUGUCCAUGCUUAAAGGGUUUUUAAGGUAAACGUUCACGGGUAUUUUGAAAAUAUUUCGGCUAUAAUCAGCAUGUUCUUGGUGAUUUGAAGGAUUCAUAUUGCACUUAGAUUUUUGCAACAUUCAGGUUUGCCGUUGGUUACCCUGGCAUAUGCCCUGCAGUAUUUUUUUCCUACACCCUCACAAAUAGUCACAGAGCAGCACUAGCCUGGUGAAAAUCUAGUCAGUAUUUGUCUUCUGUCCAGACUAAGACCUAUUCUGCAGUCUAAUGAAGUCACAGAAAACCUGACAUUCAUUGCAGCUGGCUUUGAAUGUGAUCCUUUGUGGCCAAUGCUGCUGGCUGUUAUUGAGGGGGAAAAAAUAAAAUAGGAUUUUAUAAAAGGAAAAUUGAAAUACUGAAAUAGCGAUUUCCCUUGGAAAUAUUUGAAGUUAAUUGCCCAAGAAAUGAAUUGUUUAUUAACUUUAAAAGAGUUGGCACUAAAGUAGAAUGGAAGUGUCAUGCUUAACUGAUCAAGGAAUUUUUAAAAGCCACCUUUAUACAAAGUUUUGAAAAGAUUUAUGUUCAGAUUCUGUCAAUAUCGAUGGAGGGGGGAUGAUGAACUUCAAGAAAGUCUCAGGUUUCAGCAGUGAAGUGAUACUGAUAUUGACAUAUAAAAAAUAAAAAGAUGGUGUCAUAUAAGCCUUACAGCAAAGAGAUGGUUCUUUUUGUUUGUCCAUUUCUGUGAUGGGAAGAACCCAUUAGUUCUCUAUUGGCAGUGGCAUCCUAUCACAAAUAAAUCCACAGUUUGGAUCAUGAUUGUAUGCUGAGCUCUCUAGUAACUCUCAUUGACUUGAGUGGGAUCUGAGCUCUUUGGUACUGAAUCUGUAGCUACUAAUUCCCAAGUGCAAUAUAACAUGAUCAGAUUUAGUUCACUGCCAAGUCAUCUGUUUAUUUUUGUUUGCCUAAGAAGGGAUGUAGCAUUUGUUGACUUGCAAUGCUCAAUAUUUUUAAGGAUGUUGACAAAACCAGUGUGUUAAAUUGAGGUGAUAAAUGAAUGGUAUAAGAAGUUUUUGAUCGCCCACAUUGGGUGAAACAUGAUGUAUAUUCUAAAGUGUAUCCAUUACUAGCUCUUGAGUUAUUGAGAAUUGGUACAAUAUUCUUUAGGUCCACUGUGGAAAAUUCGCCUAGAGACUAUACAAUAAUGGGUUUGAAUUUGUAGUACUGCUACUGUUUCAUGUGAUUAUGGUAUUUAGUAUUCUGGUCUAUUUUUUUUCUAUUGUGUAGAAUUUUAAUGUAACACAGGAAAUCUAAACUUUCAUGCAGUUACCUUCACCAAAUAUGCUGCAUUAAGGUUGAAUAACUUGACCGUUGGCUUUUGCAAAGUAAAUGAAGAUUUGAUGUAGCAUUUGAAUCUUCAAAAAACUUUUAUUACAGGUUUAGGUGGCCCUUUCUAGUCCAUGAAGGAAACCUCUAUUUGCUAUGAUACAAGUAUGUUGAAAAUGUAACAUUUUGUUUCUUUGUAAUAGAUAUUUUUUUUUGCCUUUUUUGUUUUUGCUCGUGCAUGAAAUCAGUAGAGCAUUGUUUGCACAAGCAGAAAAUUAACAUACUAAUGAGAGUACUGCAUUUUGGAUUUUUUAGUCGUGUAGUAAAUAAACAGGAAUAUUUUCAGUAACUAUGAACUUGUUUCAAAGGCUUUCGGUACACGUAAGGAGAGCAAUAUGCAUUUCAAGUCACCUUAUUUUUAUUAAAUUAUAAUUUUUUUAAAAAAGUGGGUAUUGUGGCACAGUAAUUUUGUACUGAUAUCAAAUACAUAGCUAUUAAGCUAUGGUUAUCUUUUCAACUCAUUCUUUUAAUCCUAAUUCAGAUUUGAUUGAUUUUAUUAGGUUGUAUUUUUCUAUAUAUGUAUACAAUUUCAAAAUAUUAUGAUUGGAUAAACUGAAAAAUGUAUGUAUUGAGUUGACUCUGAUAUUUAGAAUUUUGGAAUAAAAUACCUCUUAAUUAACAAGAA